AUGCCCCCAAGGUCAGUUAUGUGGUGUAAAGGGCGUGAAAGUAAAGGAGAGUUAAAGGAUGAAGAUGUUAAAAUCAUGGCCGAUAGACUUAUGGAACAUGAGAAGCAGAUAAAAGAAGGACAAGUAAAUGUUGAACUAGGAAUGGAUGCCAUGACCUUAGUUUUUGGCAAGGAAAAGGGCGGAUUUUUAAAGGGUGUCGGCACGGGAGUCACUUACAACAAAUAUUUCAAUGUUCCUCGCAACAAAGGGUCAUCUAAGGAAGAAAUUAAGGAUCUUAAAGUUGCACCGCAUAAUGGAAAACUUGAGCUUGAGAAAAAAGAUGAUAAACUCAAGGCUUUGUGUACAAAAGUUAAUGAACAAGAUCAAACACUAAAGCUAGUUUUGGCUCGUCUUAACGCAAAAGGAGCUGACUUUCCAAAUCUGUCUCAUACAAUUGUUAUUCCAAAACCCACCAAAAAACCUGUUCAAACGAAAUCUGCAACUGCAACUCCCGAUGCAGAAUUGCUUUCCAUAAAAUCUGCAACAGCUAAUACAAAAACCACGAAAAAAGCUAUUGAGUCUAAGACUGCUACUAUCAAUCAUGACAUACCAACAAUUUCACCAGAUAAACCCAUUUACCAGCCAAUCAAGUGUAGUCUAUCAUAUCCGUAUAAAAGGAACAUCGUUGCUCGUGGUACCAUUCACUUAUCAUCAGAAAGACAAUUCAUUCGUGGAGUUCCUCUACAAGAUGAUUUCUAUAAAGUUUCCAUUGAUGAAGUGGUUGUAAAAAAUGCAUUUCUACCCCAUAAAACUGGAGAAUUCACAUUAGUUGGGGAUGCAUAUAAAAGUUUUGUUCCAUGGCUAAAACACCAUGUGCAAACCGAGUCAAAGGUACCAUAA